GAAAUGGACAAACAGAACAGAACAGUGCUGCCUGAAUUCAUUCUGUUGGGAGUCACACAGAGGCCUGAGCUACAGCUCCCACUUUUUGGGGUCUUUCUCAUCAUCUACAUGGUCACUGUAGUGGGCAACCUGGGCAUGAUCAUUUUGACCAAGCUGGACUCCCGUCUAUUCACACCAAUGUAUUUUUUUAUCAGACAUCUGGCUUUCAUUGAUUUGGGCAACUCCACUGUUAUUUGUCCCAAGAUGCUGGUUAAUUUUGUUGUGGAUCGAAACACCAUUUCAUUUUAUGCAUGUGCCACACAACUGGCUUUCUUCCUUAUGUUCAUCAUCAGUGAAUUUUUUAUCUUGUCAGCCAUGGCCUAUGAUCGCUAUGUGGCCAUCUGCAAGCCUCUCAUCUACAACGUGCUCAUGUCUCAGAGAAAAUGUCACUUGUUAGUGGGCAUUCCAUACCUCUACAGUACAUUCCAGGCUCUGCUGUUCACGAGUAAGAUUUUCACCUUGACCUUCUGUGGCUCUAAAGUCAUCAGCCAUUUCUACUGUGAUGAUGUCCCUUUGUUACCUUUGCUGUGCUCUAAUGCCCAGGAAAUACAACUACGGAUCAUACUAUUUUCAGCACUUAAUUUGAUCUCCUCCCUCCUGGUAGUCCUGGGAACCUACAUUCUGAUUCUGUUAGCCAUAUGCCAAAUGCACUCUGCAGAAGGAAGGAAGAAAGCUUUCUCUACGUGUGCUUCCCAUUUGACAGUGGUGGUAGUCUUCUAUGGUUCCCUCCUUUUCAUGUACCUUCAGCCCAAGUCUACUCAUUCAUUUGAGAGUGAUAAAAUAGCUUCUGUGUUUUACACUUUAGUGAUCCCCAUGCUCAACCCCUUGAUCUACAGCUUAAGGAACAAAGAGGUAAAAAAUGCCUUCUUCAGGGUAUUUAAGAAUUUAUGCAAGUUUAUUACUUAG